AUGGAGCACUUUUCCCAAAUCCCCAAUUUAAUUCCGCUAUUAGAAUCGCUAGAAUAUGAAGUUGUCCCCAUUUGGGGGCGAAUUCGCAAGUCUAGCGGCGAAGAUUUCUUUUUCUCUGAAACAAUCGGAACACAGUCGACGAUACCACACUGCUUGAUGCUUAAAAAAGCAACCCUUCCAUCACUCUCAGAAGCAUCUCUUGUCAACCCAAUCAUACAAAACAACGAUGAGCUGCCCUCAUCCACCCCUUCAAAUACGCAUAUGGCCCCUGAUACCGUCAUGUUUCUGGAAUUAUCCAGUCCGGGUGUUUGCUCACACCCUUCAACCGCUCACGGUGGCUUUGUAUCGACCAUUCUUGAUGAAGCCAUGGCACACACUUUGGUCUCAUAUUUUCCAACUCUGCCUGAAAAGGUUAAUGAAGUACGAAAGACUUUAUUUACAUCAAAGCUAGAAGUGGUGUUCAAGCGUCCAGUAUCCACUCCAGGAGUGCUUAUAGUCAAAUCUUGGUGUGUUGCCCACAAAGGGCGCAAGUAUUGGAUGAAAGCGCAGGCAAUUCAACUGGCAUCCACAAAUGAUGAAUUGUAUCAUGAAGAUGUUAAAGCGGAAGCUUCAGGACUAUGGAUAAAAGCGAGGUCUAAUCUAUAA